CAGAGCGCACGGGGCUCAGGCUACUCCAGUAGGCAGCGAAAGAAAAAGAACCGGGAGGAGGUGCAGGCGCGAGGAGAGUGAGGCUGCGAGUUGGGGGCGAGCUGGGCCGCCGCCGCUUCUUCGAUCGACUCGCCACCACCGCUCGCGCUCGCUAUGAUGGGCUCUUCUUCAUCUUGGUCUGCCCAAACCUUUGGGUCCUCUUCAUCUUGUCUUGGCGCAGGCUUUGGGCAAACCGUGGGCUCUGUCUCCUUCACUCCAUGGGGGGCAUCUGAACAGGGCAGCAGGGUCUGUGCUUAUGCGCCUACCGCUAUUGAUGAUCCUCCUAAUUUGUAUCAGAUUCAAUCAAUUUCGGCAAUGCUGGUAAACUGCAAUAAGUCUCAUGAAGAGCUUCGACAUGAAGAUUAUGAGAGAGGGGACAGAGGAGGUGACAGCCUGCAGAAAAGCAUUAAUCCAGCUCCUAUAUUUCCUGUGUCCUCAUCACCAUCAUUUGGUUUAUCCUGUUCAAGUACACCAUAUUUCACUUUCAGGCCGGCGACUCACUGCAUUGCUCCAUUUCCAGAGUCCACUGAGCACCCCCCUGCAGAAUUACAGCCCUCAACACGAGGUUCCUCCUCCAGUUCCAACCCAUUCUGGCUCCCAUCUGCUCAGUCAUCAUUUUCAUCUGGAGAUUUGCAAUCCUUAACAAAAGGUCAUAGUUCUUACACUCCUGGACUGCCAUUUUAUCAUUACCUGCCCUCAAAGCUAGCAUCCAUGGGAAUCCAAACACCACCUCCAUCACACACCGAGUUUCAAAAGAAUCCCUCCACCUAUUGUCCUAGCUCAUACCAGUCACCUUUUACUGCACAAGUGGGAGGGGCACAUUCAGUUUCAGCAUCGACACAAUCUAUGACCACUGCAACAUUACUGUGCCCCCAUUUUUCGACUGACACUUCUGUACCUACUAUGUGUCAGGACAAUAUAUUCAGCAACUCAGCAGGUGCAUUAAAUACAGCUUUAGCAGAAGCAACUUCUACUCGGCAGGGUACAUUCGGUCGAAACUUUCCCACAACAUCUACUCAACCUGGAAAAGGUCCAUUGAUUGGUUCUUCAACCGCCCAUUCAAAACCAGCUCUAUCUUCAGAUGCUCAUUGUACUAGCGUCAAUGUUGACUAUCCCAAUAAUACUUUAGAGUUGCAUCUUCCAGUCAAUGUCAGAUUAGUACACAUUCAUUUUUCGUCGAGCAAUGAUGGCGCUGGAAAUUCACAGGUUCAUUCUGAUCAUGUUGCUAAAUCUACAGAAGCACCUAUUUCUCUAUCUAUCUAUCCCGGGGAGAAUCAUGAGCUGACUAUCCAAUCGGUUGCGAGACCUGCUAAGGAUCAAAUGAGCAAACAGUCUAGUUCAACUGGUGGAUCUGAUCCCAGCAAAGUUCACAAUAGCAUUGGUCAUCCACCAUCAAGAUCUACUGGGAAUCAGGAGGGGAAUAAUGGUGAUGCCCAUUCGACCCAGAAAUCAUUAGCUGCACCAGAAUGUGAAGUGAACACCGGGAGUGUGCUGCCUCGGCUCUACAAUGCAGAUUACUACACUGUGCCGUCAAUUGUGGAACUUGCCGUGAAGGAGAGUGAAGAGCCAGGUUACUGCUCCCGUGUGCCGCACUUCACGGUAGGCAGGCAUGGCUAUGGCAGCGUCAGGUUUGAUGGGGAGACUGAUGUGCGGAAGCUCGAUAUCGCAUCAAUUGUGGAGUUUAGCAACCGUGAGAUCCUUGUAUACAGAGAUCAGAGCAAGACGCCACCUGUUGGGCAGGGAUUGAACAAACCUGCAGAGGUCACUCUCCUAAACGUGAAGUGCAUCGACCAGAAGACUGGGUUGCAGUUCACAGGUGGGCCGACAGUCGACAGAUACAAGGAGACCCUGGUGCAAUGGACCAAGGAGCACGACGCGGAGUUCGUGUCCUUUGACCCGAUGAAGGGGGAGUGGAAGUUCAAAGUCAAGAAUUUCAGCCAGUAGGGUGCUUGCAGUUCUAAGGUCCUAGUCUGUACAGUAGGCUCUCACCCCUCUGGUGUCUCAGAAAUAGCUAUGCACUCUAGGCAGGCGUCUUAGCAUUAGCUGCUGAGGCAAAAUUCUCAGUGAAAUUAGCUUGGGAAUAUUUAACUCCAAUGUACGGUUGACGCAGGGUCCAGCUCUGGUGACAUUUUAGUUUCGUGCCGUGGUUUUGUUGCGUAUUAGGUGUACAGAUUGCUGCCUUAGACUUCAGAAGAUGUGGAAUUGCAAAUAUGCAGUUUUAGAUGAUUAAUGUUGCUUCGCCACAUAAAUGCAGAAGAUGAUGUUAAAGAAA